AGGGCAGUGAAGUUGUCAGGAAUCUUUUUUGUGAAGAGGCCGUUUUGGUCAUCUUCUUCAAAGCGGUGUAUUUGUAGCGUGGUGAAGAAAAACACAUUCCGUCUUCUCUAUUUCCGGGACGUGGGGCUAAGGACCACAUCAAGAUGGUGCAGCGUUUGGUUUACCGACGACGUCUGUCGUACAACACCAAAAGUAACCGGAGGAGAGUUGUAAGAACUCCUGGUGGUCGUCUUGUAUACCAGUACCUGAAGAAACCUGGCAAGAUCCCCAGAUGUGGACAGUGCAAGGACACACUCCGUGGCAUCCAGCCUGCCAGGCCCAUGGAGCGUUCCCGUAUGCCCAAGCGAUUGAAGACUGUUAGGCGUGCCUAUGGUGGAGUUCUCUGCCAUAAGUGUGUGAAAGAGAGGAUCGUUCGAGCUUUCCUAAUUGAAGAACAGAAGAUAGUUGUCAAGGUUCUGAAGGCACAGAAGGCAGCAGUCAAAACUAAAGCACCCAAGAAGUAACCUGUUAAUUUUCGUAAUAUAAAAAAUUUAAAAACA